AUGGCGUGCCACGUGGCGUGCAACAUGGCGUGCAACACCUCUAACCCGAAACCCUUAUCCCCACCCUCAUCCCCAUCCCCAUCCCCAUCCCCAUCCCCAUCCCCAUCCCCAUCCCCAUCCCCAUCCCCAUCCCCAUCCCCAUCCCCAUCCCCAUCCCCAUCCCCAUCCCCAUCAGCAGCCCACACUCACCAUCAUCAUCAUCACAACCUUUUGCCCCUCACGCGUCUCUAUUGA